AAAAAGAUGGCACGUAUGCAAAAUUUGACGAAACCCAAUUUUGGAUCCAGUCUCAUAGGAUGGCAUUCUACUGUUCGUGCUGGGUCUCGCCACCUGCCGAUCUGCCUCGCCGCCGACGAGAGGAGUGAGCUCGCCGCCGGUGACCCAGGCCAACCCAGCCGCCUCCUCCUCCUCCUCCCACUCGCCAUGCCAGGCUCUCCGAUCCAAACGCCCCCUCCAGAACCCAAACCCCACCGCCGCCGCCGCCUCCUCUCGGUGCCGGCUCUCCUCGCCGUCGCCGUCGCCGUCCUCCUCGCCACCUCCCCCAAUCCUCUCCCCCGCCUCCUCCGCUCCCUCCUCGGGCCAAAUCCCUCCCUCCUCCGCUCGAAAGAGAGAGGUCCCCCGUCCGGCACCUCGCCCGACGCGCGACGCCCACCAUGUGUUCUAUGGAUGGCCCCUUUCGCCUCCGGCGGUGGCUACUGCUCCGAGGCGUGGUCCUACGUCGCCUCGCUUGAGGAACACGCCGCGGACGCUGCCGCCGCGAACUUCACGCUCGCUAUCGCCCACCACGGCGACCUGGAGUCGCCGGAGUUCUGGCUCGGCUUGCCCGAGGAGUCCAAGAACAUGGCCUACAGGCUCGCCACCGCGCGGUGCGAGCUCUCCCGCGCCGUGGUUGUGUGCCACAGCGAGCCUGGCGCGUGGUACCCGCCGAUGUACGAGUCCCUGCCUUGCCCGCCCACCGGCUACGACGAGCCGGCUUUCGUCAUUGGACGCACAAUGUUUGAGACUGACCGCGUCUCGCCGGAGCACGUCAGGCGGUGCAACCAGAUGGACGCCGUCUGGGUGCCGACGGAAUUCCAUGUGUCGACGUUCGUGAAGAGCGGGGUGGAUCCCUCCAAGGUCGUCAAGGUUGUGCAGGCUGUGGAUGUAGGAUUCUUCGAUCCGGCGAAGCACGCCGCCAUUCCUUUGCCGAUCGGUGUGCCUGUGAUGGUGCCUGAUGAUUCAAGAUUGGACCCUGUUAACUCCAAAGGGAAAGGCUUUGUGUUCCUCAGUGUGUUCAAAUGGGAGCAGAGGAAGGGGUGGGAUGUGCUGCUCAGAGCUUUCUUGCAGGAGUUCUCUGGAGCCGAUGAUGUUGUGCUUUACCUACUGAUCAAUGCUUACCACUCUGACACAGACUUCGAUAGGAAAAUCCGUAGCUUCGUCAAAGAUUCCAGCAUUGAGAAGCCUAUGGAUGGAUGGGCAGAAGUUCGGCUGAUCGAUGAGCAUAUCCCACAGUCUGCUCUUCCAAGGUUGUACAAGGCUGCAGAUGCCUUUGUGCUACCAUCCCGUGGUGAGGGGUGGGGCAGGCCGGUGGUCGAAGCCAUGUCCAUGGAACUGCCGGUGAUUGUGACGAAUUGGUCAGGUCCAACAGAGUACUUGAAUGAGGAGAAUGGGUACCCAUUGGACAUUGACAGGCUGACUGAGGUCACAGAAGGGCCAUUUAAGGGUCAUCUCUGUGCUGAGCCAUCUGUCGAUCGGCUGAGGACUUUGAUGAGACAUGUAUUCAGUGAUCGAGAAGAAGCGAGGAGAAAAGGUAAGAAGGCAAGGGAGGAUAUGGUUGAGAGGUUUUCACCAGCAAUCGUUGCAACGAUUGUUGCUGAUAAGAUACAACAGGCGCUUGCCAGUACUUAGUAGAUGGAUAACUGAAAUGUGAUUACAAACUCUAACCAGAAAGUGGAUGUAUAUCAUGCACCGCUCAUGUACGUAUGACAAUCUCAUUACUCACUGCUUUUUCAUAGGAGUUACGUACUUAUGUAUAUCUGUUUCUUGCAAUAAUGAGAUGAGUGGCGACUGUGUUUAUUUUUGCCUUUAUGCCAUCAUGAGUUGAAAUGUAAAAUGUUCUCAAAGCAUGUUAUGGCUUCACAUUGUGAUU